GUCCACUGUCGGCGCUCGGGUGAAUUCGCCUCCUCAGAAGGCGCUGGCCCUAGACUCUAGUCUAUAAUACUGUGGUCGUGGUAGUGGCACCACCACCAGACCAGCCAGGACAGGACACCAUCACACCAUCAGUACGCUCUCCACCGUGCACUAGGAGGCCACGCAUCGCGCACCUCACACCUGUCCGUCUCCGCGACCGUUACGCGAUGUCCAACUAGCGCUCUCGCUCCCGCUCAUCGCAUAGCAGUCGGUGCAACGUUCGGUCGCGAUGUCCGGCGAGAAGACGCCCGUGACGCGGCUGUGCCACAUCCAGAAGUGGGCGCACUUCGACGGGUACGGCUUCAAUUUGCACGCGGAAAAAGGCAAGCCCGGCCAGUACAUCGGGAAGGUGGACGGCGGGUCGCCGGCGGAGGCGGCCGGCCUGAGACAGGGCGAUCGGAUCUUGGAGGUGAACGGCGAGAGUAUCGCCGGCAAGACGCACAAGCAGUGCGUGGAGCUGAUCAAGUCCCACGCGGGCGAGACCAAGCUCCUGGUGGCCGAGCCCGACGAAGACGACCCCCAGGGGGGCAUCAUCUCCACCGAGGCGUCCCAGAACGGCUCCGAGAAGAGCCCCGAAAAACACGCCGAGGCGCCAAAGAACGGCUCCGACAAGAGCCCCGAAAAACACGUCGAGGCGCCCCAGAACGGCUCCGACAAGAGCCCCGAAAAACACACGGAGACUCCCCAGAACGGCUCCGACAAGAACUCCGAAAAACACGCGGAGGCGCUCAAAGGAAAGGAGCAGGAGAACGGUCAGCUGAAUCUGAGCAUGACCGCCGCGGAGCUACGGGCUAAGUUGGCGUCCAGGAAGAAGUUCGAUCCCAAAAAGGAGGCGAUGGAUUUCAAGAAGAAGUUCGAUAUCGUGCAGAAACUUUGA